GGGUGACGCCAACCCCUUCAUUCAUGAGUCUGUCACGUCUCUACGACAACAGGACAUAAACAAAUGGGGUAUCACUGUCCCAGUUGAAGCCAUUCAGUUGCCACGUACAACAGUGCCAAGUCCAGAACUGAUGGGUAAAUAAUCUCUCAUAUUGGAAGUAACCUUGAUAUCUUUCACUAUGCCCACUAAGUCCAAAAAAUCAAGGUCCCAAAGUUCAAGGCCCGCCAAGAAGACUGGGAGUCCAAAAAAACCCAAAAAGAGGUCCUCUAGUGCCAAAACCACCAAGACAGAGGUGGACAUCCUCAGCCCAGCAGCCAUGGAGAAUAUCUACUACAUUUCCCACAAUGCAGUGGACUGUCUGGAGUUCAGAGGCUUUGGGUGGUCACAUUCAAAUAAAAAGAAAAAGAAGAAGGGAACAAAACGGAAGAAGAAAAAGUAGAUCAGCAUUGUUGCCAAAACCUAAGAGAAAUUUCCCCCUUUUUUGGUUCAAGUGAUUCAAUCUUAAAACAUCUUGCUGUUGGCGCCAUCUGGUGGAGACAUUUGUACACAGGUUUUAAAUGCUGGAACCAGAGCAAAACAGCAAUGUGGAUGUGUUUUGACUUUCUUCCACAAAUUCAUACAAAACUGCUAAAUUGUGCCAGUAAAACUCGACUUCAUUCAUGAGGCAAAGACGUACAAAUUAAUGAUCAACAACUUUAUUGUAAGAUGAAUGAUUCAGAAUGGUGUUUUGCACUUCCGUAAAAAAGUUUGGCGGUAACGGAAAAGUCUGAAGCUUGCAAAGUGAAAUGUCUGAACUUUGUGGAAAACAACACGGAAGAGAAACUGCAUGUUCUAUUAAUAUUUAGUUUGGAGAACAUUAUAUACACCUUAUGUGGAGAUGAGUGAACGUCAUGUGUAAGUUAAAACACCACAGUGCAUCCCAGAAAAAGGCCAGCUAACAGUGCCAUGACACUGGAGUUAAAGUGAUCCCACCAGUUUCUUGUAAUAUCUUUUAAAUCCAGUCUUUGCACAAUUUAUCUUAUAAAAAUAGGCUCUAAUGAGAACACGCCUAUAAAAACUAAGGGAAGCAACAAAUGCGGUUGCAGGCACUGUUAAUAUUCUUAUACAUAUUUUACAUUGUCAACUCCUUUUAUGAAAUGCAUGCUUGUUACAACACAACCUUGUGAAAUAAAUAGUUUCUCUCCAAA